UCUCUCUACCCCUGCCCCCCAGAAACAUGCCUAAAGGAGACACGCCCGUCAACAGCAUCAUGAGCAUCGGACAGGCCCGCAAACUGGUGGAGCAGCUGAAGAUCGAGGCCAGCAUGUACCGGAUAAAGGUGUCGAAGGCAGCAGCUGACCUGAUGGCCUACUGCGAUGCCCACACCAUCGAGGACCCCCUCAUCACUCCCGUGCCCACCUCCGAGAACCCCUUCCGGGAGAAGAAGUUCUUCUGCGCCCUGUUGUGAGGCGGACGCACGGGCGCGCACGCACGCACGGGCGCCGAUUGAAGGAGCAGCGCCGGGCCUGCACGCCCACACUGUGUCGCCACGCCAAUAAACCAUCCAAAAAUA